AUGAAUGAACGUCAUAUCAUCUACACAACGGUCCUUGCUCUUUUGCUCUCUGGAGAUCAUCAUGUCUGUGGUUUCGUUGCCAAACAAAGUCAGACGAAUCAUCCUCGGCAAACACCUUUCAUGCCAUCAUCACCUUUGGUAGUCUCAUCCGAUCAUGAUUCAACUAAUUUUUUCAAAGGGAAACGAAAUCGCCGUUCCACACGACGAAACAUGGCAGCGCCUCAGCGGUUAUCCGACAAUGUGAAUGGACCCUUGUAUGUGAAUGACAAGUGCAUCAAUUGUGCGGCGUGUAGCAUGUUUGCACCUCAAGUCUUUGGACGAUCCGAACAACGAGCCAUGCAUAUUGUCCAAAACCAACCAUCUACCGAAGAAGAACUGGAAACAGCUCGGGCCGCGUUGAGGGCCUGUCCGGUGGCGGCCAUUCGAUUGGAGAACCAAGCCUAUCGGAGCCAUCGCAAGAUGGAACCUCUCACGGACCAAGAAGAAAAGAUUGUCGAUCGUUUGUCCGACCAAUCGAAAUCGGCCCCACAAUCCUUUCCACGACCAGUCUCGCCCAACAUUCCAGGAGUCUACUUUGUGGGCCAUCACAAUUCGGCAAGUUUUGGUGCGGCGCCCUACCUGUUGCAAACCCAACACCAUGGUACCAUUCUCAUGGACAGUCCCAAAUUUUCCAAAAGGGCAGUCGAGACGGUCGAGAAAAUCACGGGACCUGACGGAACGCACAAUUGGAUCGGAGACGAGACCUUGGAAGAAGUGGAAAUCCUCUUGCAAGAAACCAAUGAUGAUCAGAAUGAAGAACAUGGUGACGACAAAUCUUCUCCACUGCUACCACCACCACCACUACUACAAGCCAUGACCUUGGAAGGAACGCCCGUCUCACCAAACGAUUAUGCGAAUCACGAAGUAUUGCUUUUGCACACGCCUGGGCAUUCACCAGGAUCCAUUACCUUGUGGAGACGACCGACAAACGAUGGCAAAAAACAGCAACAACAACAACAACAACAAGACGGUAUUCUCUUUACGGGCGAUACGUAUUCCUAUACCACUCGGGAUGGUGGCCACAUGACUGCCUUUCCACGAUAUGGAAACGAUUACUCCCAACAGGCCAAGUCGUUGGAAGGCUUGCUGCAUUUGGAUUGGCACCUGGUGGCUCCCGGUCAUGGACAUCCCCGGGAUUAUACCAAUCAUAAUAAUAAUAAUGACAAAGAGGAUGAGGAGACAAUCAAGGAACUACAACGGAAAGACAUGCAACCUGCCUUUGCCGAACUUUUGUAA